GUUGAAGGCGGAAGUGUGUGAGUUUUCGUGGUGGAAAAAAGUUCUCAUAGUUGUUUUCAUGCCAGUGUAGAAAAAAGUCACGCUUCAGUCGUUUCUCGCCUCUUGUGAGACUUUGUUGAAGCCGUUUGAAGACACCAAAGGGACCAGUGCCUCUUAAGGAUGGGGAGUGAACCAGGCCCAGUUCAGAUCGUCACAGUGUGUAAGGAGGAACACUCCUUCACUUUGGACACCGAGGCUCUGACUCGGGUUCUGCUGGAUCCCAAGGUCCGAGACAAACAUGUGGUGGUGCUGUCGGUGGCCGGAGCCUUCAGGAAGGGCAAGAGCUUCCUGCUUGAUUUCAUGCUCCGCUACAUGUACAGAAGGGGCGAUGAAAACUGGCUGGGUAAUGAUGAUGAGCCGCUCACUGGAUUUUCUUGGAGAGGAGGUUCAGAACCAGAGACGACAGGCAUCCAGCUGUGGAGUGAGGUUUUCCCUGUCACAAAGAGCGAUGGAACAGAGGUGGCAGUAGUGUUGAUGGACACUCAGGGAGCCUUUGACAACGAGUCCACGGUGAAGGACUGCGCCACCAUCUUUGCCCUCAGCACCAUGACCAGCUCAGUACAGAUCUACAAUCUGUCACAGAACAUACAAGAGGACGAUCUGCAGCAGCUACAGCUGUUCACAGAGUAUGGUCGUCUUGCCAUGGAUGAGAUCUUUCUGAAGCCCUUUCAGUCUCUGAUGUUCCUCAUCAGGGACUGGAGCUUUCCCUAUGAAUACAAGUAUGGCUUUAAAGGAGGCGAGGAAUUCCUGGAUAAACGGUUACAGGUCAGCGAGACCCAACAUGAGGAGCUGCAGACAGUGAGGGAACACAUCCAUUCAUGCUUCACCGACAUUUCCUGCUUCUUGUUACCUCACCCUGGGUUGAAGGUCGCCACCAGCCCUGUUUUUGAGGGACAGCUUAGUGCUGUUACCCCGGAGUUCAAAGAGCAGCUGAAGAGCCUGAUCCCCAAACUGCUGCAUCCCGAUCGACUGGCUGAGAAAGAAAUCAAUGGAAACAAAGUCACUUGCAUGGGCCUGCUCGAAUUCUUCAAGGCUUACAUCAAGAUUUACCAGGGAGAAGACUUACCGCAGCCAAAGACUAUGCUCAUGGCUACAGCAGAGGCAAACAACCUGGCAGCCGUGGCAGCAGCCAAAGAUCUGUAUAACAAGAACAUGGAGAAGGUGUGUGGGGGAGACCUGCCCUACGUGGCUCCUGACUCUCUGGAGGAAAAGCAUCAAUUCUUCUUUAAAGAGUCUCUCCACAACUUCUCCUCUACCAAGAAGAUGGGCGGACAAGAGUUUUGUGACCGUUACCAAGCACAGCUGGAGAGUGAGCUGGAGGAAAUGUGGAAGUCACUCAGCAAGCACAAUGAGUCAAAAAAUCUCUUCAGCGCCUUCCGGACACCUGCAGUGCUGUUUGUCCUGGUGUGCCUCCUCUACGUGCUGUCAGGUAUACUGCUCUUCGUCGGCCUGUCUACCUUCGCCCUGGUGUGUGACUGUACUCUGGGUGUGGUCAUGAUGUCCAUGCUGACGUGGGCCUUCAUCCGCUACUCCGGUCGGUACCGGAAUGUAGGGGGAGCCAUCGACCAGGCCGCAGGCGUCGUCCUGGAACAGGCCACGGUGGUGUUGAACAAGUCGAGAGGCACAGGCGCCAGUGACCAGAAGAAAUCCAGUUAGAGGACCUCUGAGCCUUUGUAAUCUCGAUGCAAUGCUACCAGCGCACAACACAAGCACACAUUCAGAACUAAAGCCUUAUCAUGCCACCCAUUGGAACAAACAUGCAGCUAAACCACAUUGGCAGUACAAACAUGAUGCCAAUUCACCAGCAUCUUUAUUAUGCACGUUACUCAGCCUGUUAAAGUCCAGGCUUGUUCAGAGGUGACUGAGGCAGGGGGUUAAAGCAUCCAAAUCCCUCCUAUUGACACUUCCUGUCUUAAAUUGGCACUGCCAUCAUUUAAAAGUUUACAAUUGGUCUUAAUAGACGAGUCGAUGUUUACCUUUAAACUUAUAAAACACUUAGUUGGUUGUAUAUUGUUUGAACAGGGGGAGUCAGGGUGAUUUCCAGACAAAGCUUCUGCAGUAUAUCUUAUUACCUUUAAAAAGUGCUGGCUUUAAAGCUUCUACUUUAUACAUAUUUCUUUGUGGCGAUAUUUUUUUACUUUGUGGCCUUAAAAACAUUCCAUUCUGUUUGUAGAUUUGCUUUAUAUUUUAUAUAAACCAGCAUUUUUAGAAGGGUGAAACUGUCACUGCUUUGAAAAGACAAGAGGAUACGCACUUUCUUUAUAGCACAGUAAAGUUUUGGAAGCAGCAUGUAAUGGGAGCUCAGUCGAAUCUCAUUUGUUUCAAGUGCUUUGCCAUUUAUUCCUUGAUGGAAAUGUGUUACACUUUGUAGAUUUUGAUACUAUAUAUACGAGACUCUUCUAGUGUAAUAAUAUAUAGGAACCUAUAUUCUGCAACAUUUUCCAGCUCCAAAGAUAAGAUAACAUUAUUGGAAUACUCAAAGGUGUUGAACGCACUACAUAAUAGAAAUAGCGACCAGUCAGCCAAAGAGUUAGCUUUAAAUGUUUGAAUUAUACUUCAGCCUGCGAGUGUUAAACUUACAUGGGACAAAUAACAAGCAGGAUGUUUACACAUACAGAAAGCACAAGCAAUAAGCAGUAAAAACGUAUCGAAAUGAAACCUAUUGGCUGUUUUAAGUUUGCAGUACACAGGGACAGAUUAUUAUCAUUUGUGGUUGUCAAAAAAUCUUAUAAGGGACACACACCUGAAAUCAUGAACACAUAUUUUCCUCUUACUUGUAGUGCUCUUCAUCAGUCUAGAUUGUUUUAGUGUGAGUCGCAGUGUUGGAGAUAUCAGCUGUAGAGAUGUCUGCCUUCUCUCCUAUAUAAUGCAACUAGAUGGCACUCGGCUUGUGGUGCUCAAAGUGCCAAAAAAUACUUUGAAAAACUCAUCAGUAAUUUCACAUUUCAGAAAUCAUGACCUGGUUACUCAAGAUAAUCCACAGACCUUGUUGUGAGCAGUUUCAUGUAGGAACUAUUUCCUUUCCACCAAACUACACACACCAACCACAUCACCGCGCAGAAGGAAGUGUGCAUCUACUACUAGCUCACCUAGCAUCACUGGGCUAGCUAACGUUACAGCCCAGCUGAGGAGGACACCAUCAAUGUUUAGAUCUUGAGCUGUCAUGAGCACAAGCCUCUCAUAAAUGAAUAGAUGCACUCUUCCUUCUGCACCGUAAUAUGAUUGGUGGGUGUAGUUCGGUAGAAAGAAAAUAGUUCCUACAUGAAACUGCUCACAAGGUCUGUGGAUUAUCUUGAGUAUCCGCAUCAUGAUUUCUGAAAAGAGACAUUGCUGUUGAGUUUUUCCAAAUUUAUUUUUUUGGCACUUUGAGCACCACAAGCUGAGCGCCAUCUCGUUCUAUUAUAUUAGAGAGAAGGCAGACAUCUCUACAGCCGAUAUCCCCAACACUUCAGCUCACACUGAAAUAAGCUAGAGUAAGAGGAAAAAUUUGUGUUUUUGAUUUAGGGGUGAACUGUCCCUUUAACAUGUAAUCAUGUUUGCACAGAAAUUAAUUCCUGAUGCUUUUAGCGACCAUGUGUAGCCUAUGAUAUCAGCUCCACUGUGAGAAAACACUGUGAUACAUCACUGUGAUGCAUUGGUUAUCUUGCUGCAGCUAAGAGUGAUAUUUCAACCUUCAGAGUUACUCUCCAUAAAUGUUUUAAAAGUGAUCAUUAGGAAACUUUACAAGAAAACUUUGUCAAACGUCUUUCUCAACAUGACAAACUGUUUCUUUUUGGUAAAAUAAUCACUGUAUGAGUCCAGCUUGAAACCAUUGCGUGCUCGGGUCAGAGCUUUGCUUUGAAUGAAGUGCACGUAAGGGUUGCAUAACAUAUAAUAAAACCAUAUUACAGAAAAGGAGAAGAUAUUACAUUUGGGCUUGUCUCUUACCUGCAGCCAUUUAACCAAUCAGCCCUAUUUUUCCAAAAAACAGUCAUACAGGGAAUUAAAAACGUCGACUACACAGGGGAUUUAUUAGGUUUUAUUUUUCCUUUGUGGAGCCAGGCAAGGCUUCUCAGGCCAACUCAGAAUGAAUCAGGCACUGGAUUAAAGGACUGAUUAUUUGCAACUAUGCCCUACAUCUCUGAAUAUGAGAGGCAGAUUCUUUCAGAUUGGAGAAGUGGAAUGACAAGCAUUUAGUAUUGUAAAAUAAGCCUUUUAUAUGCCAUAAGAGCAAAAGUCUGAGGCUGUAAUGAUUUUGUAUUGUGUACUUCAACAACUAACCAUGUAUUUCCUGAGCUCGAAUACAGUGGACACAAAAAGCUGAUAAACAUGCUUUAAUCUCACAGUGACUCCAUGAUACUGCAGGUAGAAGUCAUAAGAAUACAAGAGAUGUGGAAAUUUGGAGGAUGAGAGACUUUCUCAUGAUUUUUGACCAUCAUUUUUGCACAUUCCUAGCAGUCCCUUUCCACGAGAGGAGGAAGAUUCAAGAUUUUUCUACAAGCACUUUCUAUUGCACUCCCCCUCCUCCUUGGUGCGUGUUGCACACAGCUCAUUCCAAAAGUGAAUAAAUGCAUGCAAUAUUGUAGUUACGGCUAAUGUAAUCAUCUCUCGCAGGGGUAUGGUGGCCUUGACUUGAGAAAUGCUGUUUUCUAAAGAAUAAACAAAGCUUGAAACUGUUAA